AUGAAGGUGUGCAUCUGUUGUUUUAAAUGCAUCCUGUUGAUUUUUCUCUGCACUGUAACGACAUAUGGGAGUGCCGAAAGAUGGGUGGAUAAUGAAAAUGCAGAUGGUGUGCUUGAACGUGGCACAUCUGUAUUGAGAUUAACUGAUGCUGAUGAUUUGGGCGGGAGACCUAAUAGUGCGCAUCAUAGGGGAGUGCUUAGAAGUGUACAUUGUUUGAGGCAAGGGGAUGAUCGUGGCAUAAAUGAACCGCCAACGGAAGCAUCGUUUUUAAACGUGCGCGGUGCUGCCACGCUAGGGGAAGAAAGCAACGAAGAUGAUGGUGAUGAGUAUGACGAUGACGACACGGAAGAUUCCACAGCUGAGGACGAGGGCGAGUACGACAGAACGGUUAACCUAAGCGUGGGUGACCAAAACGGAGAGCUCACCUACAACGCAAACGAUACGGAGGUGAACCAAAUGGUCAUAUUGAAAGAUUUAACUGAUCAGGUUAAGAGAGAAGUAACGGAGGUGAACAUGGACAGAGUUAACGAAGUUGAUAUCCCGAGCAUUGCCGAUGAGGAGAGAAAGAUAAACGAAUUUUACGAGUACGAAAAUGAGGUAUUAACAAACAUUCGCGAAAAGAAAAAAAAUAUUAACGCAAUGAUUAAUGAAGAUUUGGAUGAACUGCUGAAGCCUGCCCAGAGGGAGUAUAUUAUGGUGGCUAGAAGUAUAAAAAAUAAACUGUUGCAUGAGUAUGAGCAGAUGCUUCGGGAGGAAUUGUCCCAAGAGUAG